AUGGGGAUUUUAGGCGUACCUAGCAUUGGCAAAAAGCUAAGUUUCCUGCGGUCAGACAUUGAUGAAACUCAGCUUGAGGCCCUUAUUGCUGGUGAGGACAAUGAAGCAGGCAACACAUCUGAUCCAGCAUCUCCAACGCCUAACCGGAAUCCUGGUGGCGGUAAGACACGACGUUCCGCGAAUACAGCCCGCACACCAAAGCAUGCCGGGCCUUCGGUUCACAGUGAUACAUUGGGCGAUGCGGGCGACGGAAAGAGAAAGAGGGCAUCGACGAAGGGUGCUACUGACCUAACAAGCUUGGAGAGUCUUAGCAAGAGGCCGCGGCGCGGCAAAACUAGCAGCGGUGAACAGGGCGACAAGAAUGUUAGUAGCCAAGGCCGUACAAAGGGCAAGGGUAAGUCCCGCCUGAGCUCUGCCCUUAAAAAUACAAAAAUUGAAGGGAAACCCAUUCCUGUAGCACUCAGUAUAGGCUUCCUAGGCGUGUGGCAGUUCCAUCGAAUUCAGCGGAGAGAGCAGCAUACGCAGACCUGUGGCGGGGAGGAUGGACAAAUUGGUCGUCCCAAGAAGAGGGAGAGGAUACGGCCAGCGUUUCUAACAGGAAGUAGUACAAUUGAUACUUUUGCUCCGCCUACGAUCGCGUGA